ACUAGUUUUAAACACUUCUUAGGCCCCCCCGCCGCUCAUCCAUUUCCCAAUUCUUCAGCUUCUGCCGCUUUUUAUUACUGCUCGGUUUGGGUGAGGCUAGAGGCGAGGAUGGAUUCCGAGAAGAAGCCGCGGGUUUCGAACGCCGGGGCUUGGGGAAUGAAUGUGGUCAGCUCUGUUGGCAUUAUCAUGGCUAACAAGGAGCUCAUGUCGCCUAGCGGCUACGGAUUCAGCUUCGCAACGACUUUAACUGGGUUCCACUUCAGUGUAACGGCUCUUGUUGGCUGGGCAUCAAAUGCUGCUGGUUUAUCCGUGUCCAAGCAGCUUCCUUUGUGGGAGCUUCUAUGGUUUUCAAUUGUUGCAAAUCUUUCAAUUACCGCAAUGAAUUUAAGUCUAAUGCUUAACUCCGUUGGUUUUUACCAGAUCUCAAAGUUGAGCAUAAUACCAGUGGUUUGUAUGAUGGAGUGGAUACUAAACAACAAACACUACUCUUCCAAAGUGAUUAUGUCUGUGGUUGUUGUGGCUUUAGGUGUUGGUAUCUGUACUGUGACUGAUGUAGAGAUUAAUAUGAAGGGCUUUCUUUGCGCUUGUGUGGCAGUCUUCUGCACAUCGCUGCAACAAAUUACUAUUGGCUCCUUUCAGAAGAAAUACUGCAUUGGUUCGUUUGAGCUACUGAGCAAGACAGCUCCAAUACAGGCUGCUUCUCUUCUCGUGUUGGGCCCUUUCAUAGAUUACUGCCUCAACGGGAAAUCAUUAUUGAAGUACCAUUUCUCUGCUGGAGCAUUUUCAUUUAUAAUUCUUUCGUGCUCGUUGGCCGUCUUCUGCAACAUGAGCCAAUAUCUUUGCAUCGGCCGCUUCUCGGCGACAACCUUCCAAGUCCUCGGUCACAUGAAGACCAUAUUUGUCCUAAUUCUCGGAUGGAUCUUAUUUGACUCCGCCCUGACCAUCAAGAACAUCCUCGGAAUGCUCGUCGCGGUGGUCGGCAUGAUCGUCUACAGCUGGGCCAUCGAAUCUGAGAAGCUGGCGAAGCUCACCGCCGCUGCCACGAGCGACGAGGAGAACGUGAAACUUCUCAAGGAUCGAAUGAGCGAUGUUGCGGAAUCCGAUGUGGAGCUCGGCCAAACCAAGAGCUGAGAUCUCAUAACCUUAAUUAUUCUUUUAAAUUACAUGUAAGUCUGUUAUUGUGUUGAGUCGCCCAUUAUUCGAUUAUUUUUGGUGCCUGGAGCUAUGUGAUUUUUGGAGGGAAAGGCUGAAAGAUAGAAAGCCUAGAAUGUUUCUUUUCCCUUAUAUUACAUAUCAGACCCCCUUUUAAACUAUAUGUAAAUUGUAUUUUCUUU